AUGUCCCUGCCCCGCAGGGGAAGGGGCUCCCGCCUGGCCGGCUGCCGAGUGGCGGGCACUAGCGUCCCGCGGGCUACAGCCCUCUCCCCCCAGCGUGCGGGCCGCGGGGCCCAGUCCGUGAGCCAUGCGCAACGCCUCACCCGGCGGCGCCAUUGCUCCCAGCAGGUCCCACCGGAGCCCGAGCCGCAGGCUGACUUCCGCUCGGGAAAGUGGCUCUACGAGCGUGCUGGAGGGGACGCCAGGGACUCGCGGCAAGCACUGCGUGCCGGGAUGGGCUCCAAGCACAGGACCUGUGGCCGAGAACAUGUGGUGAUCCCUUGUGCUUCCGACAAUGAUUCGGGCAGUGUGGAUCUGCAGCUGAGCAACAUUGAGGAUAUUAAAAAACGCCCAAGUAGCAUUGAACUUACAGACUCAGAUAUCUCCGACUUCCCUGGACUCCUACAAGAUCCCCUCGCAGAUAGCUUCACAUCCCUGACCCAUCCGGGACCCUUGGGCGAGGCCCUCGUUGACAGACUGAUCCACUCCAUUGAGGAAGGCCUCCGUGGUGAUCUGAAGGAUGAACAUGCAAAGCUGACAUUCCUGAGAUCUUUGUCUUCUCUCAGCCAAAGCUUACCUUAUGAUGAAACCACAGAGUCCUUCAUUCACAGCCACGUGGACGACAUCGGGCGAGUCCUGAGUGUACUGGUGCAAGAGGAGUCCCUGCACUCUCUGUUCAGCCCCGUGCGCCAGGAGAUCUUUGUCCUCAUUGCUGGCCUCAGCUACCAAGAUGUCCAUCUGCUGUGUGGGUCUGAAGACCGAGCUGACUUGUUCAGUCUGAUCACCAGAAGUCUCAUCACUCUGCCCUCCACGAGGACUCUUACCCAGCUGCAGGAAGUUAUGCCAAACAGGCCCUACAGCUUAGAGUCUCUCUACAGGCAGACCUUCCAGGCCUUCUCGGAGAUGCUCCAGAGCCUGGUGGUGAAAGACCCACAUUUGGAAAAUCUCGAUGCCAUUUUUAAGCACAUGGACCCCUGGCUGCAGUCGGUUGUAGACCACGAACGGGAACGGGCCACGGCCAGCAUGGCCCAAGUGCUCAAGUGCUUGUCCAGACACCUCAGCCUCAAGCUUCCGCUGCAGUUCCAGAGACUUGGCCACCUCGUGGCCAUGAUGGCUCUGCUGUGUGGGGACCCGCUGAAGGAGGUGGCCGAGGAGGCAGCCGAGGGCACGCACCACCUGCUGCACAUCACCCUGAGGCUGAAGUACAUCACGCAUGACAAGAAAAAUCACCAAGGCUUGAAAAACGCGUUGAAGAAAUGCCGAGGACUCCUGGAGCUGUACAGUAUUAAACAGUUCUACAAUUGUCCCUUCAAAAUUGCCCAGGUCUUUGAAGUUUUUCUCAAUGCAAAUGAGCUCUGCCAAUUUGUAAUGACUACAUUGGAUGGCCUGAACACUCAGAAACAUCCUUGCACCCAGCAGUCGGCCGGAGAAUUGCUAAUAACCUUGGUGAAAAAUGCGGAGUCCCGAUUUGAGAAGGUGCCGGAAAUCAUGGGAGUUAUCUGUGCCCGACUGUCCAUCAUCAGCCAGCCUAGAGUGCGCCAGCAAAUCAUCCAUACCGUGAGUCUGUUCAUCUCCAGGCCCAAGUACACGGACACGGUGCUCAGCCACCUGCUGUGUCACCCGGUGCCAUAUGACAGGCACCUGGCCGAGCUGUGGAGGAACCUGCAGGUGGAGCUGCCCAGCACGACCUGGAUUCUGUGGCGGCUUCUGAGGAAGCUGCAGAAAUACCACAACGUGCCUGCCCGGGAGAAGAUGGCCUACAUGGCUGUGGCGGCGACAAACGCCCUCUAUGAGGUGUUCGUGGGCAACAGGCUCCGGGCAGCGACGUUCCGACUCCUCCCUCAGCUCCUCAUGACCCUGCUCGUCCAGGUUCACCACAGCAUUGGCCUCAGCAUGUCCGACGUCGCCAUCCCCAGUGGCCUCUACACAGGGCGGGAAAUGUCGUCAGAGGUCACCCCUUUGUGCCUCGCCCUGCAGGCCACAAAGACGCUUCUCCUCAGAACACUGUGCUGGCAGGAGUUCUACACCAUUGAAAGGAACAGGGGCUGGAGUCUUCUGGGUGGAAGUGACUGCCAUCUUCAGGGAGUGUUUCUCCUUGCCAAUACACUGCUGGAAAGAAAUCACCUGCUGGCACACAAGGUCAUGUACUUGCUGGUCCCUCUGCUCCACCGAGGGAACGACAAGCACCAGCUCACCGCUGCAGGCUUUUUUGUGGAGCUGCUCCAGAGUCCAGUGGCUAAGCGCCUGCCUGGCGUCUACUCCAUGGCCCGCCUGAGAGAAUGGCUACACUGUGGAAAUGAUCUCUUCAGAAUCCUUGCCCUGAGAGGGCUGCACAACCUCGUCAGACACCAGGAGAUGCAGGAAGACCUCAGCCGCCUGCUGCCGUACAUCAUGGACUGCUUGUGCGAGGCCGACAAGAGGAUCGUCUUGCUGGCCAUCCAGAUCCUGCUGCACGUUGUCAAGACAAUGGAUCCCACCACCUUGGCAUCCCUGAUGCGGACUGUGUUCUCCUUGUUUGGUGACGCGAGACCUGACGUGCACCACUUCUCCAUGACCCUCUUUGGAGCUGCCGUAAAGUCCGUGAAGUGCACAGAUAAGAAGGGCGUGGAAAGCCAAGUCCUGGGCAGCCUGGUGCCGCUGCUGCUGUAUUCUCAGGACGACACUGACACAGUCGCUGAGGAGAGCAGGCGAGUCCUCGGCAUCUGCGCCACGUUCCUGAAGUGGAAGCUGCCCCCAGAAGUGUACUGCAAAGAUCCCUGGUGCCUCAGACCCACGGAGGUCGGGACGAUCUGCAGAUUCUUCGGAAAAAAAUGCAAGGGGAAAAUUAACAUCCUUGCCCAAACAUUGAUGUACUCCAAGGAUGCCAAACUUCCCAUCAGAAGAACUGCGGUCUUGUUUGUAGGGCUCUUUGCAAAGUACAUGGAUCGCAGUGAGCUCCAGUCGCAGGGCACUGGCUGGAUAGAGGACGAUCUGAGAAUUCUGUUGCAUGACCCUGAGCCCUCUCUGCGCAUGAUCGCCUCCCAGGCUCUAUUCCAAGUGCAGAGGACGAGGACUGAGCCAGAAUCUGAGCAGACAGUUUGCUGGUUGAGGAAGCGCAUGGGCUGUCACCCUGCCUAAGAGUGCAAGGCAGGCAACAUCAGAUGGAGAAGCUGUGGAAUUGAACAUGAAAUUGACUUGCCCAAGGUCACACAACUAGAAAAUGGCAAAUGUAGGGUUGAAAGCCAAGUACUCUGGUCCCACAGCCCACUUCCUUGACUUGUCUGUGCUGCUCU